AUGGGCUCAGUAUGUUAGAAAGGUGAUAAUAUAGUGAAUUGGCCAUGUAGAAGCAAUCCGAGAGGUUCCAACCCAAGAACAACUUUCACAAUAAUUCCUGAGGAGGACUCCGUAAUUUACUCUUAAUAGGAUCGGUCGGUUUUUACAGCUAGCUAAUUUUAUCAGAACCCAGAUAGUUAAGUAAUACAAUCUAAAUAAUGUAGAGACAAACAGUAAUCUUAGGAAAUGCAAUUGGUAUAGAUAACAAACUUUAAAUUCUAAAUGUGUACUUAUCUAAACUACUUUCUUCUCAUUCAAUUAAGUAAAUAUGAUGAUCUAUAAUCAGAUUAACAAAUACAAGAAGCAAUUCGUAUGAAGUAUCUUUAACAAACCUUAAUCCUGAAUUGUGUUGUUAUUGUGAAUGGCAUUUAGAGGCAGACAAGUUACCAAUUCGUUCUGGGGAUAAAAUUGAUGUAAUAUGACUUAUAAUGAUUUAGUUGAUUCAUGUUCUGACAGGAAGAUAUCUUAUGGCAACAGAGUUGGAUGAAGAGGGCGUAGUCUUUUGUGGCUAUGGUUCUAGUAGAUGUUGGACUAUUGAAUUUGAUGAUAACAUAUUAAAAGAUGGAGCAAUAUUUGAAUUGAAACAUAAUGAAAUUACUAAAUACUUAUCUUUCAUUAAUAAAAAAGCAUCAUUAUCACAUAAUAGAUAGGUUUGCUUAAAUGAUAAUGAAGGGAAGAAUAACUAUUGGAAAUUAGUUUUGAUUUGA